AUGCCGACAUUCCCGUCCACCGGCGAUGAGCUCCCCUUCAUCGUCACCACACCAAGUAUGCCAUCCGUGGAAGCAAACCGCAAGACUAUACGAAGUUAUGCGAUGCGUGGAAGGAACCGAAAGAAGCGUCCGAUGAGACCCUCAUCUUGGAUCAAUGGAGGGAAAGUAGAGACCUCUGGUAAUCCGAACUUGGGCCAAGCUUUCCCUAUCAUGCCCAAGGUUGGUGGUGAAUUCUCAUUUACGGCUGUUCCUGAAGAUCUUGGGCCGGAAUUGCUGGAAAUAAUCUGGAAACUCAGGAACGUAACACCUUCCUUGGAGUUUGGCCCGGCAUCUAGCCAAGAGGAGGCCCUUUGGCUUGAACCUGUUCUAACCGACAUCGCUUGUUUCCACUUUACCAUGUUCAUAUCGAAAAUGUAUCUCGAUUACCUCAAGGGUCACGCCGAUAACACCUGGGAUGCUCUAGCUCACCACACCAAGGCUUUGAAUGUACUCCAGAGGCGCCUUUUGGCAGGAAACAUGGACAUUUCGACUUCUGACUCAACUGUGUUAACUGUUGUCGGCCUCACUACAGCGGCGUUGGCAUUUGGUGAUGCUGACAUCGCCCAAAAACAUAUGGUAGGCCUGCACAGGAUGGUCACUUUGAGAGGGGGCAUCUCGGCCUUUUCACACGAUAGACGACUACAAGCAAAACUGUGCCGUGUUGAUCUUGGCGUGGCUCUCAGCACAGGAUGCGAGGCUCUUUUCUUCUCAGAGGGACUCUCAUGGAGCCCCUAUCUUCCUCCCCAAGCACGAAAGAAGGCACAGACAAUAGAGGAAGGAUCUUCAAGUCUUUUAAAUUUCCUUGGAGGUUUAGAUGCACGGAUACACCUGGUUUGGGACGACCUAAAGGCGUAUUCACAAGCAGCUAAUAUGGCAGCACGUUGCGGCCUUGAAAUGGACACUGUGCUUUAUCAAGAGGCCAUGGUGUCUAUCCACUAUCGUCUUACCCGUCUCAUAUUUGAGCUGGGUAGCAUAAACGAGACAAUACGCCUAGCCCUACUGGCUUUUGCCAGCUCUGUGUUCCUCCAAGGAGGUGGCGUCUGGGUCCGUCAUGAGCAUCUCUAUCGAUGUUCGAGGAAGAGCUUUAUCAGAGCCAAAGAAAGAAAACAUGAUUUUCCUCCUCAGAUGAUGCUGUGGCUCUACGUCUUCUGUGUGGCUUUGGACGCUAAGGAGCCUAGCCACAGCAGGCUCCGGCCUGGCCUGACUGAGCUUCUCCAGACCCAAGGAUUGAGAUCAUGGGAUGAGGUAAGAGCCUGGUUGAAAUCUGUUCUCUGGGUGAAUAAGAUACAUGACGCUAUAGCGAGGGACUUUGUGGAGGAAAUGCUAAGUGCAGCGGAAAAUGGGAGUCAAAUGGUGUCUGAGCUGGCAGCUGAGGCUCUAUCACAUGGCUGUGAUCCUUGA